AUGAGAACGUUAGUCGUCGUACUUGGGGCUCUGUUGCCGUUGGUGUUUGGUGCAAGUGAGGUUUGCUACCCCAACAUCGGCUGCUUCGACUACGGCUACCCGUUCUUGGAUCCCCCCGAUCGUCCGUUGAGCUGGGCGCCGCAGUCUCCCUCGAAGAUCAACCCGAGAUUCCUGCUGCACACCCGGCGCAACCCGCUCAAGGCCGAAGCUCAGACGCUGGACAGCGACGAUCCAUCCACCAUCAGCAACUCCCACUUCGAUUCGACGAAAGAGACCAAGUUUAUAUGCCACGGCUUCAUCGAAAGUGGUGUGAUAGAGUGGGACUACUGGAUGACCGACAUGGUGCAAGAAUUCCUCAACUACGACGACUACAAUGUAAUCCGUGUCGCCUGGGGCAGUGGGUCGUUGUUCCCCUACACCCAGGCUAUGGCCAACACGAGGGUCGUGGGCGCUGAGACGUCACGACUCAUCGAUACAAUCAGGGGAAUGUACGGCAUAUCUGCGGCAUCUUUCCAUUUCAUUGGGCACAGUCUAGGGUCACAGAUCGGCGGGUACGUCGGGAAACGACAGCCUGGCCUGGGCCGAAUCACGGGUUUGGACCCAGCCGGACCAGGUUUUGAAAACACUGAGCCAGAGGUGCGCCUCGAUCCCACGGAUGCUAUCUUUGUCGACACGAUCCACACUGAUGCCCAACACACCCUCGACCUGGGUUUCGGAAUGAUCCAGCCGGUGGGUCACAUGGAUUUUUACCCGAACAGCGGCCGUGAUCAGCCCGGCUGUGACCAGACCAUCUUCGAGGACUUUAUCGACGAGGGCCUCAUUGGAGGGGCGGUGAAAUUUGUGGCUUGCAACCACAUGAGGGCGCAUGAGUUCUUCUCCGAUUCCAUCAACAAGUGUCCGAUCUAUGGUUUCAAGUGCCCGAACGCUGCAGAUACCUACGACAAUUUCGUCAAUGGUGAAUGCUUCAAUGGCGAUGUAGCGAUGAUGGGCUUCCAUUCCAUCAACAACAAACCGGCCUCAGGCGUCAUACAUCAGACAUACUACGCGACUACUACAGACAAAUCGCCUUACUGUUUGGACAACCCUUUCCAGAUUCGUCUGUACUUUGAGGAUCCCUGGUUUUCCGAGACGUUUAAAGGAUGGGCCUUCGUGACGCUCACUGGUGGCAAAGGCAGUACGUCGAGAACCAAGCUUCACGAGAAUAGCCUGAACUUUAAACCGGGGACGGAGAGGAACUUCAUCUUCACCACAGACACGGAUCCGGGAGAUCUGACUCAAUUGGAGUUCUACUGGGACCAUGACUUUGAGUUCCUCAACCCGGGAGACUGGCCCAUCUUUGACGAUGUCGAAGUAUUCAUUGCCAAGAUUGAAAUCAAGGGCCUCCGUUGGCAGAAGAGUUACACACUGUGCAACAGGAAGCCCAGCACUGGCAUCAACAGCAAUACCAAGGCCUACUUUGAUGUUUCCAACUGCUGAACUGGCUCAUUACGGACACAAGAGGGCGGUCUUGAAAUAAUUAUUGCAUAGAACCAUUUAAAUAAGCCAAUUCUGAAACAAGGUUUUGGAAAUACUUAACCUAUAUUUUCUCAAGAAAUGUUAACAAAAAAACAGUGAGUUAAACUCAUGUUACAAAGGAAAAACUUUGCUGACUUACCGGUACAAUGUAUGUCUAUAAAUGUUUAAUUCUUGGAAAGCAAAUACAGAAUUCAAAAUGUCCUCUCGUAACAU